AUGGCAAUCGCUCUUGAGGAAUCCAAAACUGUGACGUUUCCGAAGCUCGAAUCAGGCUCGGCACCGGAGCAGCUGCACAGCUUCGGCUCUGGCGAAUCUGAGUUGGACCUGUUGGUGAAGUUUGGUUUCGGGAGGGCGGCAGAGGGGCGGCGGCGGCUGGCAGGGUUUACUGAGAUGUUAAUGUGGAAUGGAGGCAGAGAUGGUGCUGUGGCGAUGGAGGAUGGUAGAGCGGUGCAGUGCGGUGCUGGGGAGGGGCAGCAGCGGCAGCUAGCAGGGUUCACUGAGCUGUUACAGUGGAAUGGAGGCAGAUAUGGAAGUGAGACGGUGGCGGCUUAUAAUGUAGCUGGGAUUGCCCGUUUGGAGGAAAGUGGAGUGGUGCAGUGUGGUAGUGAGGAGGGGGCGUGGCGGCAGUGGGUUGAGAGGUGGAAGGAGGGGAGAGGGGAUGGGAGCAGCAAAGCAGGGGAGGGGUUGGAUGGGAUGAGGGUGGGAGGAGAAGGGGUGGGAGGAGAAGGGGUGGGAGGAGAAGGGGGGGAGGAGAAGGGGUGGGAGGAGAAGGGGGAGGAGUGGAGGGAGGAGGAGCAGGGGGAGGAGGAGUGGAGGGAGGAGGAGCAGGUGGAGGAGGAGCAGGUGGAGGAGGAGCAGGUGGAGGAGGAGCAGGUGGAGGAGGAGCAGAGACGAGAGUUGUUUGGGGAGGGUCUGAAAAGGCCUUUGGAUGAGUGUGAGAUGGAGGGGAGGGAGAGAGUGGAGGUGGAGACGCAAGAAGGGGAGUGGGAGGGAGAAGAGGUGGAGAAGCAAGAAGGGGAGGGGGAGAGAGAAGAGGUGGAGAAGCAAGAAAGGGAGGGAGAAGAGGCGGAGAAACAAGAAGGGGAGGGGGGGAUAGAAGAGGUGGAGAAGCAAGAAGGGGAGGGGGGGAGAGAAGAGGCGGGGAAGUUAGUGGGUAGCAGGAAGAAAGAAGAGAAGCAAGAUGAGGAGAGCAAGGAUCAAGUAGUGCAGGGGAAGGAAGCAGAGGAUAAUUGUGAGGGUGAGGAAGAGAUGGAUAAUAUAGGAGGAGCAGGGGAAGAGGAGAAGGAUGAGGGAGGAGAGGCACGGGAAGAGGAGAAGGAUGAGGGAGGAGAGGCACGGGAAGAGGAGAAGGAUGAGGGAGGAGAGGCACGGGAAGAGGAGAAGGAUGAGGGAGGAGAGGCACGGGAAGAGGAGAAGGAUGAGAGGGGAGAAGCAAUGGAAGAGGAGAAAGGUGAGAGAGGAGAAGCGAUGGACAAGGAAGGAGCUGCAGCUGGUAACAGGGAAUGGGCGAGUGAGGCGAAAGGAAUAAAUGAAGACGGUGAGGAGGGAAAGAAGGUGAAUGAAAGGGAUGAGGAGGGGAAGGAGACGAACCCAGAAGGGGAGGAGGAAAUGGAGGUGAAUGAAACGGGUGAGGAGAAAAAGGAAGUGAACUUAGAGGGUGCGGAGGUGAGUGAAGGUGGUGAGGAGGGCAAGAUUGAGACUAGACGGGGUGAGGAGGGCAAGAUUGAGACUAGAGGGGGUGAGGAGGGCAAGAUUGAGACUAGAGGGGGUGAGGAGGGCAAGAUUGAGACUAGAGGGGGUGAAGAGGCGAAAGAAAUGAACAUGGUGGGUAUAGCGGUUGAGGGGGAGAAUGGAAGAGAGGAAAGGAGAGUUGCAGCUGGUAACAGGGAAUGGGUGAGUGAGGCGAACGAAAUGAAUGAAGGUGGUAAGGAGGUGAAUCAAGGGGGUGAGGAGGUGAAUCAAGGGGGUGAGGAGGUGAAUCAAGGGGGUGAGGAGGCGAAUGGAGGAGAGGUACAGGGAUGUACAGACGGUGGUGGUAGUGGGAGACGAAUAGAUGGGGAAGGAAGAGAGGACGAGUGGGGAAGGAGAGUGGAGAAGGAGGAAGAAGGAGAGGACGUGCAUGUGGUGGGUGAAGCAGAGGGCGAAUCAAAGGGGGGAGCAGUGGAGGAAGCAGUGGAGGAAGCAGUGGAGGAAGCAGUGGAGAAAGCAGCAGUGGAGGAAGCAGUGGAGGAAGCAGCAGUGGAGGAAGCAGUGGAGGAAGCAGCAGUGGAGGAAGCAGUGGAGGAAGCAGCAAUGGAGGAAGCAGUGGAGGAAGCAGUGGAAAGGAAGAGAAGGCGGCUCGAUCAGAGUGUUGCUAUUAGUUCUGAUCGUGCCGGCCCACCGAUCAAACCUGGCGCUGCUGCUUAUGGUUCGGAAACUAGUCCUGGUGACCAUGAGCGUCAGAAUGCCGCUGCUCUGAAGGAGAGUCACAGUGUGAUUGAAGAAGAGGUGACUACAAUGAAGGCCGAUCCUGCCCCUGCUGCCCCUCCCUCGUUUCUUCCUGCUGUGCCCACUCCAUCAGCCGCUGCUCUGAAGGAGAGUCACAGUGUGACAAAAGCAGAAUUGGCAGCACCCAAGGCCGAGCCAACCCCUUCAAACCUUCCCUCUCCUCCACCUCCUCCACCUCCUCCUCCUGCUGUUCCACCUCCUGCUGUUGCUGCUGAUUCUGCUCUGUCCGUGCCCACUCUAUCAGCUGCUUCUCCAAAGGAGGAAAUUCAUGCUGUGAUCGAAGAAGGGGUGACUGCAGUGCAGGAUGCGCCACCAACCACUGUGACUGCAACCGUUGAACCCUCCGAUGUGACUGUAAAGGAUGAAAAGGACGAGCCUGCUGCUGUGACUGUAAGGGAUGAGAAGGAUGAGCCGGCUUCUGUGACUUCAGUCCUGGAACCCUCUGCUGUGACUGUAAAGAAUGAGAAUGCUGAGCCUGUUACUGUAGCUAUAGACUGUGACCCCACAGAUGUGACUGUAGAGGGUGAAAAGGAUGAGCUAGCUGCUGUGACUGUAGAGAGUGAGAUGGAUGAGGCCGAUGAAACUGAUGAAACGGAUAAGCUUUUGACUCUGACUGCAAGCCUUGAACCUGCGUCUCUGACUGCAAGGGAUGAGACGGAUGAGUUGCCUGCUGUGACUGAAAAAAAUGAGCCAGCUGCCGUGACUGUAGAGGGUGAGAAGGAGGAGGCCAAUGAGAAGGACGAGCUACCUGCUGUGACUGCAUGUGUUGACCCCACUGCUGUGGCUGUAGAGGGUGAAAAGCAUGAACCGCUUGCAAUGAUUGUAGAGAGUGAGGAGGAGGAGGCCAAUGAGGAGGAUGAGAAGGAUGGGCUACCUGCUGUGACUGUAGAGGGUGAGAAGGAUGAGACCAAUGAGAAGGACGAGCUGCCCGCUGUGACUACAAGCGUUGACCCCACUGCUGUGGCUGUAGAGGGUGAAAAGCAUGAACCUCUUGCAAUGAUUGUAGAGAGUGAGAAGGGGGAGGCCAAUGAGGAGGAUGAGAAGGAUGAGAAGGAUGAGCCACCUGCUGUGACUGUGAAGGAUGAGCUGGCUGCUGUGAUUGUAGAGGGGGAGAAGAAUGAGCCUCCAGCAGUGUCUCUAAAGGGCGAACCCUCCCCUGUGAUUGCAAAGGACGAAGCUGUUGACACGGGUGCUGCAGCUCCACCACCUGCCGCGCGUUGCCGCCCACUUGCCGGGCGGCGCACUGUGGCCCAUGGGCUGAUAAUCAAAUCGGGCAGUUCAGCAACCCAGGAGGAGCAUCACAACACUCUGGCCGGAAUGAUGCCGGGCGGCGCUCUGUUGGCUGGGGCCUCAAUUGGAGUUCCGUUGCCUCUUGAACCUCCCAGGCUGCAUGGGCUUUCCAUGGAGGCACGGGACGGUCGGAAGGAUGAGGGUGGGAACGUUGAGGGACGAAAGGAUGAGGGUCGAAAGAAGGGUCGGAAGGAUAAGGAGGGUCGGAAGGAUGAGGAGGGUCGGAAGGAUGAGGAGGGUCGGAAGGAUGAGGAGGGUCGGAAGGAUGAGGGUGGGAACGAUGAGGGACGAGAGGAUGAGGGUCGGAAGAAGGGUCGGAAGGAUAAGGAGGGUCGGAAGGAUGAGGAGGGUCGGAAGGAUGAGGAGGGUCGGAAGGAUGAGGAGGGUCGGAAGGAUGACUCACAUGGCACCUAUGAUGCCUUGCUGCUGCAGCAGACGCCAUCCCCUGUGCUGCUUGUUGCCACCAGGGAUGCACAAGACCCUGGUGUUUCACCUGAGUCUCUGUCGCAACCUGGCGAUCCACCUGAGGAUCAGAUGCGACCUGAAGAGCAACCAAGCUGUCAGGAGAUUCCAGCAAAAUUAGCAGCUGAGGGAAGGACUGAUGGUGUGGCAAAAGAAGGUGCUGCCACAUCAGCAGCACCUGAUUCGAUCACGCCUGCCACACAACUGAGCCCUACCCCACUUGCUGUGUCGUCUGUUUGUGUAGUUAGUGCCAUGUCAGCCGAGCCCGGCGAACCGUCCACGUCAGCGGAACCUGACAUGCCAUCCAUGUCAGCAGAUCCGGUCACUGUUGACAUGUCAGCAGAGCUGGUUGCUGCGUGCCUGGGAGCCAAUCGCGUGCUCCGAUCGCGGAAAGCAGCACCGGCAGCAGCAGCAGCAGCAGCAGGAGCAGCAGGAGCAGCAGGAGCAGCAGCAGGAGCAGGAGGGGGAGGAGGAGCAGGAGUGAAGAUGGUUGGAGGAGUGAAGUCAGAAGAAGGAACGAAGGCAGGAGGAGACGCAUUGAAGACACCACCACGACGAGGCGUGAAAGCAUCGCCACAAGGCGUGACUCGGUCACAUGGAGUGAAGGGGAAUCAAGGCCACGCCAGGUCACCAGCCCAAGGUAGAUCACGAGCCCAAGGUAGGUCACCAGUCCAGGCUAGGUCGCAAGGACGUAAUGGGGCGCAAGGCUUGAGGAAGGGGGGAGAAGGAAUGGGAGAGAAGAGUAGAUCGGGGAAGAGAAAGGCUGGGAAGGCUAGGGAGAGAGGGAGGAGUGGGAAGAGGAGGCGAAAGGAGGAGGAAAGUGAGGAGGAGAGUGAGGAGGAGGAUGAGGAGGAAGAUAGUGAGCAAGAGAUUGCGGAGGAAGGUGGAAGGGAAGCAGAGGAGGAGCACAAGGGAAGAAGGGCCAAAGGGUUGACGAAGGGGGUGGAUAGGGUGAAGGAGAAGGAAGUGGAGGGAAGGGAGAAGCGGGUGAGGAGAUGGGGUGGUGUCAGCAAGGAGACACGUGAUCGGGAGGAGGAGACAGAUAAUGAGAACAGCGAGAGGCACAAUGGUAGCAAAGAGGUUGCGGCAGAGGAAGGAUUGCGAGACGAGGGAUUGGGAGACGGGGAAUUGGUGGGGGCGGAGUAUUUGUGGAAAGAGGGUGGAGGGAGGCAGUACAGGAGGAGAAAGCACGGGCGGAGGUGA